UUUCUGUUUGUAUGGUUAGAAGUGUGCGCCAGCCAUUUUGGUAGAAGGUGUAACGUGGAUUUAGACCUUGUUUUACAGUUGUGACUGUAACAGCCCUACCUCGAAAGUGUUGAAACGACAGGAAUUCCGUGUACAUGGCGCCACUGUGAGCUCAAAUGACGAACACGUUAAAGGAAAGAACACAAGCGCGUACAGCUAGCCAGUGACGACUUGAGAAGUACUGUCUAUGUAUUACUGUCAAUAUACCUAAUAUUGCUUUUAUGUAGGAGAUAUGAAAAUGUACGAUAGGGCACUCUAGGAGAGGGGGGACUGGAUAAAUGUGUAACUGGGUGUCACUCCGCAGAAAAGCCGUAUGUAGAUUGUUGAAUUGACAGCACGAAUAUGUUCAUGCUCCAAAACGUGAUGAUCUGUGUGAGGCUAAAUAACACGCGGCUGCUGCAGCUGAAACAUGGAGCUAGGCAUUAUUUGUCUGGUAGCAUUCGGAUACCUUCAAAAACGCAGUGUAUGAGAGCACAUUUCUGUAGCGGGGAGGAAAAGACAUGGAAAAAACCGAAAGGUUACGACACAGGCAUAAAGACGUUCAACAGUCUCACGAAGCGAAAAGAACCGUUGAUACUUGCAAAAGAAGGAACGGCUACUUGGUAUAGCUGUGGACCCACAGUUUAUGAUCAUGCUCACCUUGGCCACGCUUGUUCCUAUGUCAGAUUUGACAUCCUUCAAAGGAUUUUGUCCAGGGUUUUUGGGAUAAAUGUAAUCCACGUCAUGGUCAUUACUGACAUUGAUGAUAAAAUCAUUAAAAGAAGCCUGGAGGAGAACAUUUCACCUACAGUAGUGGCCAGAUUGUAUGAAGAAGAGUUUAAGAACGAUAUGUUGUCCUUGAAGGUGGUCCCUCCUACGGUGUACAUGAGAGUGACGGAGAAUAUACCUCACAUAAUCGCCUUCAUUCAGGGCAUCAUCCAAAAUGGGCAUGCAUACCCCACAAGCAGUGGGGAUGUGUAUUUUGACAUCAGGUCUAUCAAGCACCGAUAUGGCAAGCUUGUGGAGGUGGGAGAAGUGGUUGGUGAGCUAGUUGGCACAGAUAAACAGGACCCCAGAGAUUUUGCAUUGUGGAAAGGAGCCAAGCCACAGGAGCCAUCCUGGGAGUCUCCGUGGGGCAGGGGCAGACCUGGAUGGCACAUAGAAUGCUCCACCAUUGCCAGCUCUGUGUUUGGAAGUCAGCUGGACGUCCACUCUGGGGGCAUCGACCUGGCCUUCCCACACCAUGAGAAUGAGAUUGCUCAGUGUGAGGCUUACCAUCAAUGCGGGCAGUGGGGGAACUACUUCCUGCAUUCAGGACAUCUACGUUUAAAAGGAACCACAGAGAAAAUGUCAAAAUCCUUAAAAAACUAUAUUACUAUAAAGGAUUUCCUGCAGUCCUACUCUGCCGACGAGUUCAGAAUGUUCUGCCUGCUGACAAAGUACAGAUCAGCAAUUGACUAUAGUGACGCCAGCAUGACCGAGGCGAGGAGCUCCCUGGCGUCCAUCGCUGCCUUCUCCCACGAUGCGGAGGCCUACAUGAAGGGUCAGCUGCUGUGCCCCACUGUGCAGGAGGGGCUGCUUUGGGAAAGGUUAGCUGCCACUCAAGCUAGUGUUCAGACAGCGCUAACAGAUGACUUUGACACACCGAGGGCCAUCAACGCAAUCAUGAGCCUCAUUCACCAUGGCAACCGUCAGCUUCAGGCUGUCACCAAGGGUGACAGCUCUUCUAGGAGUCCACAAGUGUUUGGAGCAAUCCUGUCUUACAUCAGGGGAUUUCUGGAUGUGCUGGGGGUCGAUGUGCUGGACAGAAAGAUGUUCCAGGUGGCUGAUGCCUGCGGGAUGCUGGAGGUGGUGGUGGAGGAGAUGGUGAGGUUCCGCAGUGAGGUGCGCACCUUUGCGCUGGCUGCAGAGGACCCCAUCCCCGGGGGUGCCCCCCAGCGCAGGUCACACCCCCGCCCGGACCGGGAGCCCCUGCUAAGGGCCUGCGACGCCCUCCGGAGAGACCUCGCCCCGCUGGGCAUCCACAUCAAGGACAGAGGCACAAACUCCACGUGGGAAAUCAGCAGGCAGAAGGCUGUGCCGGAGAACAGGGAGGGGGCCUAGCCAUCUUUUCACACUGGGACUGUUACUGACAGACGGAGAACAAAGCUGCAGAUGCCUCCCUGCACCCAUUACGCCAGUCUGAACGAGGACCACCAAAGCCUUCUUACAGAAAAAUUGCAACAGCAUGCAAUACGAAAAUGGUUUCCUGUGGACAUUUGAAAAAAAUUGUUUGUUUCCCAUGAUUUUUUCAUGACCUUUUGAAAGGGCUGAAUUGAAUUUAUUGCUAGAGCACAAGGAUGUGUCGAGCAGACUUAGGCAACUAAGGGAUUGUAAUUUACCACUUUUGCUUCAAGCACUGAAAUGCUAAUUGUCUAACCCCUUUAAUGUGUGUUUUACACUACUCUCAGUGGAGUGCAGGAAUUAAAGUGGCCCUGUUGUAAUUAUCAUUUUGGCAAAGUGAUGUUGAUUCCAGUGGUCAGUGUGCCUGAAAAAAUUAAUUCAUUGCAAGUCGUAGCCUGUGUUCAUCACAUUACUAAGAAAUGUUUCACGGGACAUAAGUAAUCAAUAUGCAAUUAAAAGUGUUUGCU